AGGUGCCUGGGGUGACAACAUUGCUAUGCAGGCUAUAUCUGAUAUGCUCAAUGUGACUAUCAAUGUACUGUCUAGCCACUAUCCCAUGUAUUCAGUAACUCCCAGAAACCAUUGUGCUGAUAAUGAAGUGUUUGUUGGGCUGAUAAUGCAGUACCAUUAUGUGGGUUUGGACAAAAUACCUGAGCAGCCACAACCUACUGUGCCUGAAACUAUUGAACCACAGCCAGAAUCUGUUGCUGAUAAUGAGCUAGAUGAUGCCACUAUUGAAGAAGGAGAUGAGCAUAGAAGGCAAAUCAGUGGUGCCCAGCAAGCUAGCAUGAUGUGUGUUGAAAACCCUGAAAGCUUUAGACAUACCGUGUGUGUUGCACCAGCUGAAGGAGAGAGACCACUAAACAUAAUGACUGAUCUUACUUUUGAAGCCAUGUCAAACCCAGGCAAAUUUCCAUAUGGUACUGGCACAUUUAGCAGUGAUCGGCCAAGAAAGCUAACCUAUAGAAAGUAUUUCAAUCAAAGGCUAUUGGAUGUUGAUGGCAGAUUAGCUAGAGACCUUGAUUAUCUGUUUGUUGCACAGUAUAUUGUUGAAGCUAAGCAAGUGCUAGAUGAUGGAAAUAUGUUUGCCAUGAGACAAAAGCCGUGUAGACAGUUCACAGCUGCACAAGCUAAAGACCAAACAAUACUAGCCAUGAUACGCCAGCUUGGCACACCAACAUGGUUUUUCACAUUGUCAGCAGCAGACCUCAAGUGGCCAGAUAUGAUCCAAACCAUUGCAAAGCAGUAUGGUGUGUAUUACACUGAUGAUGAUGUAGCUGCACUUUCAUUUGAUGACAAAUCCAAUUGGCUAAAGCGUAACCCAGUUACUGCAGCUACACACUUUCAAUACAGACUGAAUUCACUUUUCCAAGAUUUUCUGAAGUCCACUGCUAAGCCACUAGGUGAAAUUGUUGACUAUGCUAUCAGAAUUGAGUUCCAAGCAAGAGGUUCACCACAUGAAAAAACAUGUUUAUAGCAUACUAGCUCAGAGGAAAAGAAAGAACCUCCCCCACCCAAGCACACAAAACACAGACAAUAACAUACCCAAGCGUACAAAAACACAGACAAUAACAUAUAAACAGAAAGAAAGAGGCAGGACCCUGGGUGCCCAGCCUUGAGAACGGGGCGGUAGGUUAAAGAGUCUUUUAUGGGCCCAACUCUCCCUUACACACCCAGUGUCCCAACCUCCCUUACACAUAGUUAUAAAAUAAAUAGAUAGAAAUCAUGUACAAAAAACGACAGCUAAAAACAACAGCCGGUAGAAAAAUAGAAAGCCUCAAAGGACCAAUAAACUCAUAGAAAAAUAUAAAAACUCUGAAACUCACGCAGCACGACGACACGACGGAGACAUAAAAAACGUGCGAUUAUUCUAAAUAACGCACAGCAUAUACACGUGUAAGAAAAAUAUAAAUAAUAUAAAUAAUAGUAGAAAUGGUAGAAAUAGAAAUGUUAAAAAUAGAUUAUUCAAAAUAAAUAUGUGACUAUAAAUAUACAUUCUAUCUAUGCGACUGAGGAAUCUAUCCAUUGCUGGCAGACAUAUACCAUCCUCCACAUGUUUGCGUAUGCCGCAGCUAUAUUUAAUCAUAAUUUGUGCGUGCUUUUUAGCAAACUUAUAAAAGGACCUGCACCAAUCAGAGUAUCUGUAUCCUUGAUGAAUCAGUCGUUCCGUUAGUUUGAAAUGUCUCAACGUAAAAUCCGAGUAAUCACUACAUAUUUUACCUAUACGUACUAAUUGGGAAAUAUAAACUCCGUAUGCUGGUC